AUUCAGUUGCUCGCUGUCAGCGCGACUCUCCGGUUGAUUAUGCAGUCCCGCCUGCUCUGUUUACUGUACCUGGCCACAACGUCUGCCCAAAGCUACUUGGACAAUGUCCUGCAGGAUGGCCUUGAGCUGCUAAGGCGUGGCCAAAGACAAAUGGAUCUCGAGGCUUUUGAUCACCGCGAUCAGCUGCUCCGGGAGUACGAUUUCAUAGUCGUGGGCGCUGGCACCGCCGGCUGUGCGCUGGCCGCACGCCUCUCCGAGAAUCCCGACUGGCAAGUCCUGCUCCUGGAAGCGGGCGGACCGGAGAGCUACAUCAUGGACAUGCCCAUUUUGGCGCACUAUUUGCAGCUGGGCGAGAUGAACUGGAAGUAUCGCACGCAGCCCUCCAACAGCUACUGCCUGGCGAUGAACAACAAUCGCUGCAACUGGCCGCGUGGCAAAGUCAUG